UUCUCUCUAUCCUUACUUACAUAAAGACUUGAAAGAGUAUUCAAUUCACAUGGCUUCUCUUCUUACUUACUCUCUAUUCAUCAUCUUCAGCCUCAUCUCAAGCUCAUUCCACUCCAUCAAUGGAGUUUUCAUUAAGCAGUACUUAACAGAAGCCAAACAGAUGAAAAGAACAGAAAAGAUGAGCCACCUCCAUUUCUACUUCCAUGACAUACUCAGUGGAAAAAACCCAAGUUCUGUUCAAAUAAUUGAAUCGCCAUCAAAAGGUAAGGCUUCCCUCGGCUUUGGAACUACUUUUAUGAUGGACGAUCCCCUGACUGAAGGAGAAGAACCAACCUCAAAGAUCGUCGGCAGAGCACAAGGAUUGUAUUCUUUUGCCUCACAGAAAGAUAUAGCAUUACUUAUGGUCUGUAAUUAUGUCUUCACUGAAGGCAAGUAUAAUGGAAGUAGCCUUAGUAUUCUUGGGAGGAAUCCAGUCCUUAACAAUGUCAGAGAAAUGCCAAUAGUUGGAGGCAGCGGCCUGUUUAGGUUCGCACGUGGCUAUGCCUUGGCUCAUACAGUUCAGUUUGACUCCAACACCGGAGAUGCCAUUGUCGAGUACAAUGUUUAUGUCUUACACUAUUAAUUAAGCUUCUUCAUUCUCAUUUUAGAGAUGUUUUCCUUCUCAUCUUGUUUUUGGUUUCGUUUUUCCUUUUAAGUGUUCUGUAGUUUACGCCUUUGAAUGAUGAGAUUUUUUAAAUUAUCAUGUUUA